CGUGUAUUGCUAGUGAGCUGCCUUGACCAACGAGAGACAAACAUUCCGGAAUGGACCGCCACAGAUCACGCAGCCCCACCUCCAGCUACCACAGCCGGCAGUCCUCCUACAAGAGAGGAAGAGACGACCCUGGUGGAAGUUACCAUGAAAAUAAAAGCUUCAGACCACAUAACCACCAGCACCAUCAGUCUGGGUGGACGUCGGGACAAGGCACACCGAGCUCUCAGUCUUUGAGCACCAGAAGGGAGCUUUACGAAAGAGACUUUCCCGUUUACAAGCAGCCCGUUGAAGUGGGAUGUUUUUCCCUGGACUCCGAGCGGAGGUUCUUCAAUGACGGCAGGCAGAUGAGAUACUACGUGGAGCCCGACAGGAAUCCCCACUUUGACCUGAGAGACGGAUACAGAGACCGCUUCAUAAAGAGAGACGACAGCGUGAAGGAGAAACUGGACCACAUUCUUCGCUGGGUCAUAGCGAACAGGUCGAAGCUGAAGUCCAAGGUGCCUUCAGCCUCAUCGAGUGCUUUAGAUGUGGACUUUGUGACGUGGAGGGGCCACCUCACCAAGCUGCUGACCACUCCGUACGAGACGAGGGAGGGCUGGAUGCUGGCGGUCACCCGGUUCGGGGGAACGCUUUACAUCAGCGAGGUGGAAACGGAAUCGGCUCGCAGGGAGCGGGAGAACCGCACGGAGCGGCACGAGGAGAUGAUGUACUGGGGGUACAAGUUUGAGCAAUACACAUGUGCAGAUACCGUCCACGCUUUGCCUGACCCCGGCGGGGUGGUUAACACCAACGAGGCCUUCUGCACGGUGGUGCAGACCCGGCUGGCCGACCACAGGCUCCUGUUCUCUGGUGAAGUGGACUGCCGGGAGAAAGACCCCGAGGCCCCUCCCCCUCCCGCCUGUUACGUGGAGCUGAAGACCUCCGCGGAGAUCUGCACGCCCAAACAGCGCAGCAACCUCCACCGGUUCAAACUGCUGAAGUGGUGGGCUCAGUCUUUCCUCCCCGGGGUGCCUCGGGUCGUGGCCGGCUUCCGGGAUCAUGAAGGAGUUGUCGUUUCCGUAGAGACUUUUCACAUCUCCAAGAUUUCCCAUCUAAUCAAGAACGAAUACAACUGCUGGAAGCCGACAGUGUGUAUGAACUUCUGCUGCGAAUUCCUGUCCUUCGUGAAGCGUAUCGCGACCGAAGACUCUCAUCGUGUGGUGUACCUGUUCUCCUGGGAGCCGUACAAAGACGUGACCUACUCCGUUCACAGAGACUCUCAGUAUUCCUUCCUGCCGCAGUGGUACAUUGAGGAGAUCACCAGGCGACCAGACUCUCACCACCUGUCGUGAUCCACAACCUGAACGCUCAAGUUCGACGACAGAAGACGGAUUUUCAGAAAAAGGAAAAAUUGACUCUUGAUGCGUCUCCAGUUUCAGAGUGACAGUGAACUCUAAUCCGGGAUCCUCCGUGGAGAUUUUAUCUGUAAUACGACAUAAUUUCAACACAGCAUGUUGUUUUAAAUAAAGGGGGCCGUUACAACCCUGUCAAUGUUCUUAGAUUUUAUUGUU